CUCAGUGCAAGUUUUUUGCACCAAUUUUAUCAAUGGAACAUUAAACACUGAACUAGUUUUCACAGUGGAACAACACAAUUGCACUCAGUGCGCCCCAGUGUUGCACCAGUUUUCCCAGUGGAAAACGCUAUAAAGGUUUGACGUAGAGAGUGCUAGCGAAGAGAACAGCAAAACACAGUCCGAAAGUAUACUACGACGAUAAUGGCGGACGAGGAACUACCAGCAGGAUGGGAGAAACGCCUCAGCAGAUCGACUGGUACGUCGAAACCGACGAUUUUUGCAGUCGCAACCCCACGAACGGCGAUCUUGUUAAGACGCGAGUCUCAACACGGGGCAUCGUGGAAUCCACGAUCUCAUAGCCGCGCUUUGCUCUCGGAGCGAGAUUACGGGCACCUCGACGUAUAACAUUUCACUGAUAUUUCGCCGAUGCUAAUCAAUUCACAGUGGCCAAGAGAAGUGUCCGAUACUCCUCGAUGUUUUCUCGACAAGUUUUUGUAUUACGUCAACACUAUUAUUUAAAUAUUUAUACCAAGGAAAGUCAGUGGGAUAGGCCAGAUAAACCUGCCGAUCCAUCUGGCAAUGGCAAGGCAGAUGGACCUGAAGAAGUGCAAUGUUCUCAUCUACUUGUAAAACAUUCAGGCUCUCGACGACCUUCUUCCUGGCGAGAGGAGAAUAUUACUAGGUCAAAAGAAGAAGCUCUUGAUUUGGUUAAAUCUUAUAGAGAACAAAUUGCAUCUGGUAAAGCGACGUUCGCUGAACUUGCCUCCAAAUACAGUGAUUGCAGUUCGGCAAAGCGUGGCGGUGAUCUCGGACCUUUCAGUCGGGGUGCAAUGCAGAAACCCUUCGAACAGGCAGCAUUCGCGCUGAAAGUUGGCGAGUUGUCAUCACCUGUGCACACAGAUAGCGGAAUUCACAUCAUUCAACGAACUGCAUAAGCCAAUUCAGUCUGAAACGGAUUGCCAAUAUUUUGCAAGAAGUCUCUUUUUCUUUCCAUAUCUGUUCUCUCUCUCUCUCUCUCUCUCUCUCUGUCUUUUAAUCUUAUUGUUUAUAAAUUCAUACCAAUGGUGUUGUUCCAACAUUUUAUAUAUUGGCUAUUGCGCUAUUCUUAUUUAAAGCAGAACUGUUGAAUUUUAUUGAAUUUAUUUGAAAUCACAAUAUCUAAAUUUGUAUUUCUUUAGACAUAUUUUUAUCUUAGUUUUCAAUAACAACUCCGCUUUGCAAUAAAAUAAUAAAUUAACGGUCCAAUCGAGAAAACUUCAAGGCAUAAUUAGCAUUUUAAAUUGCAUAUUAUAAUAACAAAAACAACCUAAAUCUGGGCUAAUGAGAGUCAGCGCGAA